AUGGCCCUCAACUCAGUACUGGGAUGGGUCCUUAUGGGAAAAGUGGAGACAGCAUCUUGUAGAACUGCAACCUUUGUCACAUCCAUGGUGACCACCAUUUCCCCCUUGGAGGAAGUAAUGAAAAGGUUUUGGGAGCUGGAGGAAUUUCCACACACACACUACCUCUCUCAAGAUGACACUGUAUGUGAAGAACUGUUCAAGAAAACACAUUGUAGAAGUGCUGAGGGGCGGUAUAGUGUUGCCCUGCCGUUCAGGAAUCCUGAACCCGAAUUGGGAACCUCUCGAUCCCUUGCAUUGAGCAGGUUUGAGCGUUUGGAGAGGCGACUGAGUGACAAUGUUCCACUUCAUGGAAUGUAUUCAGAUUUCAUGAAGGAUUAUUUGAUGGCAGGCCACAUGGAAAAGGUUCCAAAGUCACAGAUUGAUUGCUCUACUUCCUUUUACAUUCCUCAUCACUGCAUAAUCAAGCCAGACAGUUCAACCACCAAACUUCGUGUAGUCUUCGAUGCGUCAGCCAAAGGUUCAACUGGAGUAUCUCUCAAUGAUGAACUGCUCACGGGACCCAAGCUGCAGCAAGACAUUGUUAAGGUACUAAGUAACUUCCGCCUUCACCCAGUGGUGUUUACCGCUGACAUAAAGCAAAUGUACAGGCAGAUAGGUGUGCACAGAGAGCAUCAAGAUUUUCAACGAAUUGUGUGGCGGUUCAAUAAAUCGGAACCAGUUGAAGAUUAUCGACUGAAAACCGUGACGUAUGGAGUGUCCUCAGCACCUUACUUAGCAAUUCGCACCCUGCAUCAACUUGCUGCUGAUGAGCGGGAACAGUUUCCUACUGCUUCAAGGACACUCUUGUCAGAUAUCUAUGUGGAUGAUGUUGUGACGGGAGCUGACUCAGUAGAUGCAGCCUUGGAACUUCAGCGAGAACUCAUGACACUUCUCGAUAAAGGUGGAUUCAUGUUACGCAAAUUCAUGAGCAAUAAUCCUGUGCUCCUGGAGUGGCUCCCUCCCGAUGCUGUUCAACUGCCAAGGCCAUUCUCCAUGGACCAAGACAGUGAAGUAAUAGUAAAGGUACUUAGGCUGCAAUGGAACCCACUCUCGGACACCUACUCGUACAAUGUCCAGGCUAGCUCUGAAUCACCAACUAAACGUUCUAUCUUGUCUAAUUUGGCUCGCGUAUUUGAUCCUCUUGGUUUCCUGACACCCUUGACCAUGUUCGCGAAGAGCAUCAUCCAGGAAUUAUGGCUGAAGAAACUGGAUUGGGAUACAGUUCCACCGCCUGAGAUUGUAAGAGUGUGGGAAUGUUUCAGUAAAGACUUGCCACACUUGUCGUCCCUUACAGUUCCCAGACAUGUCAAAGGCUGUUCAGAUUGCUCUUAUGAACUUCAUGGAUUCUGUGACAGCUCUGAGAAGGGUUAUGCAGCUGUUGUGUACCUGCGUGUGAGUUGUAAGGGUGAUGUGAAAGUACAUCUCUUGGUUGCGAAGUCAAAGGUCGCACCUGUCAAGGUAGUUUCAUUGCCUCGUUUAGAGUUAUGUGGUGCUUUAGUGUUGGCUCGGUUGCUGCAGCAUACUCUGGCAAUUUACAAACACCAUAUUAAGCUUCAGUCCAUAACUGCCUGGACUGACUCCCAAGUUGUUCUGGCCUGGGUCAAUACUGCGCCACAUCAGUUGAAGACUUUUGUGGUGGCAAACAGAGUAAGCGAAAUUCAAGACUGCACUGAAACCUCCUGGUGGCGACAUGUACGUUCCGAAGACAACCCAGCAGACUGUGCCUCUCGAGGCUUGCUUCCUGUAGACUUGCUGAACCACUCGUUGUGGUGGUGUGGUCCACAGUGGCUAAGACAUCAACCCUCUCAGUGGCCUGUCCAAAUAGCAUUUGAUGACAUGGCACCUGAUUCAGUAGUGCUAGAGAAAAGGAACCUCACUCUCAUCAGUGUUGUAACACCUCAUCAGUGUGAUCCACUGCUGGAACGAUGUAGUCGUCUGUCAAGACUGCUUCAUGUAACGUGCUACGUGUUGCGAUUCAUUCAAAAUUGCCGUGCCAAGCAGGCGAAGUUAGUAGGUCAGAUUGGUACUCAUGAGAUAAAAGGGGCAAUGAUGUUUUGGGUCAAACGAGUGCAAGCUAUUGUUUUUGAGGGUGAUAUUACAGCUCUAAAAAAUGAUAAGUGUACAUCCCCACAGCUUCGUAAACUGGUCCCAUUCCUCGAUCCCUCUGGAACGGUCAGGGUGGGCGGUCGAUUGCCUCAGUCUAGUUUGCCCUUUGAGCACAAACAUCCCAUUCUGUUGCCAAAAACUCAUCGAUUCACAGAUCUCAUCAUUAGUCAUUACCACGAACUUAACCAGCACCCUGGACUACAAACUCUGCAAGGCAUUCUCAGAGAAACCUUCUGGAUCAUCGCAGACAAGCAAGCAAUACGUCGUCGUUUAGGUCGUUGCCUUAAAUGUUUCAAGGCUAGACCCUCUACUCAAGCCCCAUUAAUGGGUGAUCUCCCAGCCAUGAGAGUUCAACAGGUGAAGCCCUUUUCCAAGGCAGGAGUGGACUAUGCCGGUCCCUUCACCAUAAAAAUGGCACGUAUUCGUCGACCUACCCUAUUAAAGGCCUACAUGUGCAUCUUUGUAUGCUGUACAACUAAGGCAGUGCAUGUGGAACUGGCAUCAGAUCUGUCCACUGAAGUUUUCAUUGGAGCUUACAAGCGCUUUCUUGCUCGCCGGGGCCGAUCAUCAGACAUUUAUAGUGACUGUGGGACCAAUUUUGUCGGAGCUCGCAAUCAUUUGCAAGAAUUACAGCAGCUGUUGACGUCAUCAGAACACCAUAAAGGUGUUACAGAAUCUCUGCAGCCACUUGGAGUGACAUGGCAUUUCAACCCCCCGUCUGCCCCGCACUUUGGUGGGCUAUGGGAGGCAGGGGUGAAGUCCUUCAAGACACACCUCAGGCGAGUUAUUGGCGAGCAGGUACUGACGUACGAGGAACUGUACACGGCCUUGGUGCAAGUGGAAGCAAUCCUAAAUUCAAGACCACUAUGCCCACUGAGUUCAGAUCCAAAUGAUCUGAAGGCUCUCACUCCAGGCCAUUUUCUAACCCUUGAACCCUUGGUCACGCUGCCUGAACCCACCUUGGAAGCCAUCCCCAUUGGCCGUCUGCAGCGUUUUCAGCUGGUGGAACGUCUGCACCAAGACUUUUGGAAGCGUUGGCACCAAGACUACCUCCACACGCUGCAGCAGCGUGGCAAGUGGUCUCGACAAGACAGACCUAUGGUACCAGAUCAACUAGUGCUGCUCAAGGAUGACAGGAUCCCCCCCUUGCAGUGGCGUUUAGGAUGCAUCAUUCAACUGCAUCCAGGAAAUGACAAUAUUCCUCGUGUUGCGACUGUCCGCACCUCUAAUGGAAUGGUCAAGCGUCCUGCUGUAAAACUUUGCCCCCUACCAGUUGAAUUUUGA